GCACGCGCGUCAACGCAGGCGCGCUGAGGGAAACCUCCGGCGCGCGCACGGGCUGCUCACCUGUGCGCCUUCAAUGUGCAGGUUAUUCAUAAUGAUGUGAAGCCUCUGCGCCCCCUUGUCGUGCAGAGUAAACGGGGCUUUUUUCGUCGGUUCGCGGUCAGUUUCUUCACUCUCUGGAUGCAGGCAGGAGGAGGAGGAGGAUGAAGGUCUCCGUGGCUGCGGCGCUGUGGUGCAGGAGAUUCGCCUUUGAGAGAAGCAAAACGUGGCCAUCUCAUCCAUGCAUGGGAAGCGGGACCUUCGCCGUCAGGCCAUCCUCGUCUCGGCUCUUGUGAGCGCUGGAGGCCUUGAGCUUGGAGAUGCGACGACAGCGCCGUGCCUUCCUCGCCUCACCUCAAACAUGGAAGCAGAGACCGCACAAAACUCCUGAUGCCUACCCAGAAUCCCCCAUCUCCUGCUCUUCCUCUUCGUCUCCUCUUCCUCCCCAUCUCCACCUCCCUCAUCCUCUUCUCCCGUCCUCCCCGUUACCUUGCGCAUGUCUGUCCUCCUGUCCUGUGAACCAUUUCCUUCCUCCUCAACUUUCUCCUUCCGCAUCCUCACGCCCAACCUGUUUCUCCCCUCCUCCUCCUUCACUUCUCCAUCUCUUUCCCUCCUUCCGUCCGUCCCUCCACGGUCUCCUGCGGGUCCUCCUGGUCCUCCUCGCCUCCCUCUGCUUCCUGCCCUGCCCAGUGCAGGCAGGCUGGUUCCGGGUUGGCGUGGUGGGCCCCUGGGGGUGCGACCCUCUCUUCGCCAAGGCCCUUCCCAGUGUGGCGGCGCAGUUGGCCGUCAACCGCAUCAGCAAGGACCCCUCGCUUUCCUACUCCACCACUUUUGACUACGUUGUGCUGCAGGAGCCAUGUCAGACAUCGAAGGCCCUGGACACCUUCCUGGGUUUCUACACCAAGGCUUCAGGCUACGUCGGACCUGCCAACCCCGGAUACUGUGAGGCCGCCUCCAUGCUGAGCAAAGGCUGGAACAAAGCGGUCUUCCCUUGGGGCUGCGUUGACUAUGAGCUGGACGACAUUCGGAGCCACCCGACCUUCGCCCGCUCCAUGCCCAAGCCGACCUCGGUGCUGCUCAAAGUUAUGCGCCACUUCAGGUGGGCCCACGUCGCCAUCAUCAGCUCUUCGGACGACAUCUGGCUCGAGACCGCCAACAAGGUGGCUAACUCCCUGAGGAACGACGGUAUGCCGGUGAAACUGGUCGCUAUUACGGAGAACACCCCGGAUGGCGUCAGAGGAACGCUGGCCAAGAUCCGCAAGAUGAAACACAUAAGAAUGGUGAUCCUCUGCAUGCACUCGGUGCUGAUCGGCGGCAGACUCCAGAAGUUGCUGCUGGAGACGGCGUACGACAUGCAGCUGAUCGACGGCUCCCUGGUGUUUGUGCCCUACGACGCGCUGCUGUACAGCCUGCCCUACCGCAACGUGAGCUACCCCGCCCUGAGGAGCAACAGCAAGCUGCUGCGGGCCUAUGACGCCGUGCUGACCAUCACCAUCAACUCGCCCGAGACGUCCUUCUACGAGGCCUACGAGGAAGCCAUGGAGAGGGGCGAGGUGGCGAGGACCCUGAUGCCACAGCAGGUCUCUCCUCUCUUCGGCACCAUCUACAGCUCGGUUUUGUUCAUGGCCCACGCCGUGCGGAGCGUCAAGGAGUCGGGGGAGUGGAUGUCAGGGGGAAACUUGGCACGACACCCCCGCAACCUGGACUUCCAGGGCUUCAGCCACCCGGUCAGGACCAACAGCUCUGGAGCUCCUCUGCUGGAUUAUCUCAUCCUGGACACAGAUGGAUUAUACUGGGAGCUGAAGCCAACUUACAGCAUUGAAAUGGAGGCCAACAUGAUUCGGUUCCUCGGUCGAGAAAUCCACUACCCUCGCGGCUCCGGACCCAGGAAGGACUCGCCCUGCUGGUUUAAAAGAGGAACCAUCUGCUCCGGUGGUGUGGAAGUGUGGGUGGCCCUCAGCGCGUUGGUCGGUGUGAUUCUCCUCUCUCUCUUUGCUUUGGUGCUGAUUUACUGCAUCAGGCGACGCAUCCAACAGAUCCGAAUGGUCAAGGGUCCCAACAAGAUCCUGCUGACUCUGGACGACGUCACAUUCAUCAACCCGUCGCUUAGCAACAAGAAGAUGAGUAUGGACGACAGCAGGACCAGCGAGAUGAAGAGGAGCGCCUCUGAGCGCAGCCUCGCGUCCCCGGUCUCCACCCAGUCCCCGGCCACCUACGAGAACUCCAACGUGGUUAUUUACGAGGGCGACUGGGCGUGGCUCAAGAGACUUCCUGACGGGACGUUCAGGACCAUCUACCCGAAAACCACCACCGUGUUUGAGAUGAUGAAGGACAUGCGCCACGAGAACGUUAACCCCUUCCUGGGCUUCUUCCACGACUGCGGGGUGUUUGCCAUCGUGACGGAGUUCUGCUCCCGAGGCAGCCUGGAGGACCUGCUGUUCAACGAGGACGUCAAGCUGGACUGGAUGUUCAAGUCCUCGCUGCUGCUGGAUCUCAUUAAGGGCAUGAAGUACCUCCACCUCCGCGGCGUGAGUCACAGUCGGCUGAAGUCCCGUAACUGUGUGGUGGACGGGCGAUUCGUCCUGAAGGUCACCGACUUCGGUUACAACGAAGUUCUGGAGGCGCAGAGGUUCCCCUACGUGGAACCGACACCCGAAGAGUUGCUGUGGACGGCUCCAGAGAUCCUGAGGAACGGGUUCCCUGGUCUCCACGGGAGCUUCACUGGCGACGUGUACAGCUUCGCCAUCAUCAUGCAGGAGGUGGUGGUGCGAGCGCCUCCCUUCUGCAUGCUGGACCUCCCCGCUGCAGAGAUAAUUGAGAAGAUCCGUAAGCCCCCUCCGCUGUGCCGUCCGGUGGUCAGUCCAGACUACGCCCCCAUGGAGUGCAUCCAGCUGAUGAAGCAGUGCUGGAACGAGCAGCCAGAAAAGAGGCCGCCGUUUGAGGAGAUCUUUGACCAGUUUAAGAACAUCAACAAGGGCAGGAAGACCAACAUCAUCGACUCCAUGCUGAGGAUGCUGGAGCAGUACUCCUCCAACCUGGAGGAGCUGAUCAGGGAGAGGACGGAGGAGCUGGAGAUCGAGAAGCAGAAGACGGAGAAGCUGCUGACACAGAUGCUGCCGCCCUCGGUGGCGGAGGCGCUGAAGAAGGGCUGCACGGUGGAGCCGGAGCACUUCGACAGCGUGUCGCUCUACUUCAGCGACAUCGUCGGCUUCACCACCAUCUCCGCCAACAGCGAGCCCAUCGAGGUGGUCGACCUGCUCAACGAUCUCUACACGAUCUUCGACGCCAUCAUAGGAAACCACGACGUCUACAAGGUGGAGACCAUCGGCGACGCCUACAUGGUGGCGUCGGGCGUCCCCGUCCUCAACGAAAACCGUCACGCUGCAGAAAUCGCCAACAUGGCCCUGGACAUCCUGAGCGCGGUGGGAACCUUCAAAAUGAGGCACAUGCCAGACGUUCCUGUCAGGAUCCGAAUAGGACUGCACACAGGUCCAUGUGUAGCAGGAGUAGUGGGCCUCACCAUGCCCCGCUACUGUUUGUUUGGAGACACAGUGACGACAGCUUCUCGUAUGGAGUCCUCCGGGUUGCCCUACAGGAUCCACGUCCAUGAGAGCACAGUGAAGAUCCUACUGGAGCUGAAACAGGGAUACAAGGUUGAGUUAAGAAGCAGGACAGAGCUCAAGGGUAAAGGAGUAGAGGAGACCUACUGGCUUGUAGGAAAAGAGGGCUUUACCAAACCGCUGCCUGUACCUCCUGAAAUCAAGUCGGGCCCUGCUAGGCCGAGCAUCGUGGGGGAUUCGAAGGAAGUAAAGCAUCUCUUUCACAAGACGGUGAAGAAGAUCUCGCACAUCCGUGUCAUGGCUCAGCUCAACACAGCCGAUGAUGGCGGUGGCACGUUGUUACACCACUGACUGACCGGUCACAUCGUAGGACUAAGUGUGACCUAUGAACCCUCUCCAUCGGGAAGCGUUUGCCUGGAUUUGAUCUCUGCUUGGGCGUGUUCACACUGUGAAACGUUGAGCGGUGAUUAUCUGGUUUAAAAGCCAGGCACCUUUGGUUGGACAUGGAUUUGGAUAAGGUUUUGAAGAUUCUCACUAGCAGUCCAGGCUUCCUUGUGUACUGAAUGGAGACAUUUGGAGGGAAAUGCUCCACCGUUGAUCUGUCACAUCGCAGCAGAAUGUGACUUUUGAACCCUAUUGGAAAGUGAUUGAAUGAAUGCCAAUGCAAUGACCAGAGUCUUGAACUUUCCUCUGGAUUGUAUGCAAAAAAAUGCAGUGGACGUGCGCAAGAAGCAUGACCAGACAAUGAUGGAGGUAAAUACGGAUCAAAACGACAAUCUCCACAUGCUGAGACCUUUGGGAAAUGAAAGGUCAUGUAUUACAAGAACAAGAACAAGUGACUGGCGGAUUUUAAAAGUCCCUGGGUUUGUCUCUUGGACGUGAACAGGAGGUGUAAUCGCACACUGAAGGAAGCAGGCCCUGGGACUUCUGGGAUUCUUACUUUUAAACCAUGGAGACUACAAGCAAAAGUAAGAUACAGCACGUACGACCGGGGUCCAAGCCCCCCAUUUUUCAAGCAUCCGCCCUGCUGAAGUGUCCUUUAGCAAGACACCAAAUCCCGACCAGGUCCUGGGCUUCUGCUCUGUGGCUCACCUCUGACCUUUGACCUCCCUGUGGAGGUAGAAGUGGAAUUUUCAUACAAAGAUCAGAUUAAAGUAAAGAUGUCUGUGCAUGGCAACAGACAUGGGAGCAUCGAUUGUCGUUGAUUUAAAGGAUAAUUCUGGCGAUUUAAAGCUUGUAUUCUCGGUCUUGGUUGCCCCUCAUAUUCCAAAUUCAAGGUCUGUUUGCACACAGUCAGUGCAGUUGGAGAUAUCAGGGCUCAUUAAUGACGAAGAAGCCAUUUUUUUCUGUUAGGAUAUGAAAAAAACAGCUUCCACAGAGCAAAACACUAUGCCUUCAUUUGCUUUGGUCAAAGUUUCGGUUUCAUUAUUUUCCUUUUCCUUGAGUUGAGGGUUUUAUUGCCACAUCCAUGUUAAUCCACUAGCUCAAAAAAAGAGGGUCAGAUAGGUUUUUCUCAGUUGCCACCAUCUUUUUUUAACGUGGACUCUUAUGGGGCGUUGGCUGUUAAUUGGUGUCAAAUGGCUGUUUUCUGUUGAAACAAGUUCAACUUUUCCGAAAAACAGCUGUGACCUCAGUUGCUUUUUUUAUCAGUCGACCAAACACAACAAGACGAUUAGAUAUAGAACCAGAACUAUUCUGGUUUACAACGUGUCAACUAUGUAACCAGCCUUUUUUAUAUCAGCCCAAAAAAAUCUCUUGGCAGCGCUUUGCUCCCUCUGGAAAAGACGACGGCAGCUGAGAAAAACAGCCUUAUUUGGGAUGUCGUCGUACAUUCGGACAGCUGAUAUUUUGUUUUUCAAGCUUGUACAAGUCUUGAUUUUGAAAACGAUGUGUUAAACAGGUUAAAAAAAAAAUCUCAUCAUGGCUGAAGUCGGUAACGACAGCUUUCACCUGGAUUGACCGGAUCAGAGCAGGUCACAGAAACAGCAGGUGGUCGUAAUGUUCGGGGUGUUUAUGAACCUCUCUGCGAUCCGUACUGAGGAAAGUUAACAGGUGGAGGGCAGGGGCUAGUGAAAGUGUUAGUUCAGAUUAGCGGCUGCCACCAAGCAUGUGUGUGUGUGAGAGUGUGUGUAUUAACGGCUUGAGUUGAUGAGAUGAAGUCCCAUGCAGUGCUAUGUAUAGAUGCUGGGAAUCGGUGCGUCAGCAAAGCGGGGAUCCAGAGGAACGGCCUGUCAGCAGCAGAGAAGCACAGCUAAUCUCUCUGUUUCAUUUCUCCUCCCUCGCUCUUUUCCAUAUUACCACAUCCUCCUCCUCUGACGGAGCGAGAGACGAGACGGUUAGGGACGGAGAGAGAACGUAAGAGAGGCGAGAAGAUGAGAAGGAAAAGAAAAAUCUCCCAUUCAGAAGCUUGCGCCGAUAACUUAACCAACAGCCUUUCAGUUUCUUGUCAAUUUCCUUCUCGCCCAACUUGCCACCCUAAAAAAAAAAAAAUCUAUUUGUCUUCAUCAGCAGCUCACAUCGUUUCCUUCUCCUCCUCACCCUGUGCUGACGCAUCGUGUCGUCAGCAGGUUUAUUUUCAGUUUUGAGGAAUCUCGCUGCGUGUCUGCUGCUCUGUCAGCAUGUCUGUGUGAUGUUUACAAGUGUCAGGCUGUUUUUUUGUUUUCUGAGCUUCGUUUUUGGCGACAGACAGACAACAGGCCUCGCACACUGAUAAAUAUCAGCCUCUAAUGUUCAGAGCAUCCUUAUAUGUUCAAGUAUUCAAUUUACUUUCCCCCAAAGGCCCUCAACCACUUCGAAUUCAGUUUGUGAUUUCCUACAUUUCCCAGAAUGCCUUUCAGCAGCCCCAAGGGAACAGGUGUGAACCUGUUGCUUAGAUACAGAGGUGGGUGUACAUGGCCGUACAACGAGACUGAAUGCAUAAUACAGAUAAUACUGAGAAAACUGUGCAAACUGGGAGGGUAAAAAGUUGAUCCAUUGACUUUGUAUUGUGUGAAGCUCGUUUUUCACUGGUAAUGCCGACCAAACGUGUACAGAUAUAACCUCAAACUGACCUGUACUUUUAAUGUGACGACGGCAGGAAGCCAAGGAGGCACCUGCACACAAUGCAAAGACAAUGAAGAGCGACAAAUUGUUUUCCUUUAAACACUGUCUCUACGGCUCGGACGUUUCUAAAAUCACAACACAUAACCGAGCCACCGAAACUACAUGGUUAAGGUUAGGAAAAGGGCAUGUUUAAGGUUGGGAAACGGAAGCUGACGUUUGCUAUUUAGGUAGCUAAACCUAACUAUUGACUAUUUGAACACCGUUCUCCUGUUGAUGGAGCGAUCCAUGGUUGCUAUGGUAACCAGCAAUAACACACUCUCUCAUAUGGGUUUGUGCAGUUUUAUUGAAGUAUAUCCCUUAAGUAACCGGGGUAUUUAUGAAGUUUAAUAACAAGCACUUGCAAGUAUUUACCUUAAGGUGAAUCAUUAGGAUGUUCUGUGCAACAUUUGCUAACUAAUAUCAGCGAACGUUAGCUCAUGUUUUGUGAUGUUAACCGAUAAGCGCCCUCUUAACCAUGACCCUUUCCGACCCUUAACCAGGUAGUUUUGCUGGCUAACGAAGAAAACAAAGGAAAGGAAAGUGGCUAAAGUAGCUAAUGAGCUAACGCUGGCUGGGGAUGCGUGAACAUUAACCGUCACGUGGCGUUGAUGCAGGUCCCACCACAUUGGCUGUAAGUGUACAUGUUCAUAUAAAAUGUAUUUUUGGUUCAGAAACGUUGACAUUUCAGUGUAUUUGUUGGUUUUCAGAAAUGUAAAAUGCCGGCAUUCAGGUGACUGUCAGCCUCUGCCUCGACCACCACAGAUUUCUUGUUUUAUUGCUGUUAAAUGUUAAGGAAAAAUGGCAAAUCUAGAAAGAAACCGUUGCUUUUUUUAUUCUGAUGGCCUGGCAGCGACAUUUUACCUGUUGCCGUUUUAGAUCACUCCAUUAUAGCUGGGAUUUCAAGUCGUAUAAAGGCUGUUUUAACUAUUUUAAAGAGUUUUACAGUGACAUUUUCCUGCGGUAAACUAAAAUUAAACCGUAGGUACUCCAGGUGUAAGUCCCAGCUGGGUUCCCAAACUUUCCCUCAUCUACCGUGAAAAUGUCCUUUGACCAAGGCAAUACUUGGCGUCUCUCAGCAAACCUUGGAUUAAUGAAAGCUAAAAAUAAUCCAAACAAUUAACAAGCAGAAAAGAAUGUAUUGAACAGGAUUAUUCCCAUGAGAGGGCCGCUUUCGGUGUUUUUGUUUCAGCUGCAUCCAUCAGAUCUGCAUUCAUUUUCCCUCCAAUGUCUUUCAUCUUCUAUAUUUCAAGUUUUUCAUGCAGAUGUUUCACUUAAAUAUGUUUGUAUGAAUGCAUGGAUGUAUUACUUUUUAUUUAUCUCUGUAUCUUUAAUUGCAAGAGUUACUUUAACUCCAGAGUUAACAAACUGCUCAUUUUUGUUUUGUAGAGUGUAGGUGCAAAUGAUCAAAGUAUAAUAAUUAAUUCAGAAUCUAUUGUAGGAUUUUGCUAUCAGCAGCAUAAUAGAGUCAACUUUUUAUUUUUUAUUUUUUGUUACCAAACAUGCCUGGCAGAGUCCUUGCAAUAAAGUUUUGGGUGCUUGAAUGUGA